AGGUUGACCUUCAUACAUACAGAGCUUCUAUCUUAUCAAUUUAAAUGUGUGAAUGGUGAAAACAUUUUUCCUUCCAGAUUCUUUAUUUUCAAAAUGUUGACCUUACAUUUAAUAGUUUGGUGCUGUUAAACGGAGACAGGAGAAAAAAAGCGAGAAUUCAAAGAAAUAAUGAACAGCAUAAUUCAAUGUGUGAUUGCUGUUAUCAUUCUGAUUGCGAUACAACGAUAUCCAAGACUGUACAUUAUAUAUGCCAAUACGUGGACUCUGUAUAUGAAUGGUAGAUUGAAGGAACACAAUAUACACUUAUAGAUGGUUACAUUAUUUUAGAUGUCUACAGUUAUCCCCAUAUAUAUGCGCCAUAUAAGCAGUAUGUUACACGCACAUACUCGUGUCUCUCACACAAAGACGCACACAUUUGAAGCAAUUGUGGAGUUUCAGUUGUUACACACGAUCCGCGUGAAGGUAGACUAUUUUUGGAUGCAUCUCAAAAAGUCUUUUUGUUCUUUCUUUUUCUUAAUGCGAUUGUUUCAGUUCGGUUGAGCAGCCUAUGGAUCAGUUUCAAGUCCGUGUUGUAGGUGUCGCUGUUGACCACGUCUGCAUCGGCAGUUCCAAUGUGUGUGUGUGUGCGUGUGUGCGUGCGUGUGUUUGUGUGAGCAGGGAGAGGAGGCUGCGUCUCAAGGCCAUUUUCAAAUCUCAUUGGUGGGCUUGUCAUGUGGUCGGGAGGCAUCCUGACUUACGCGGAGAUUGUUUUUCCUAGAUAUGUCAUCUUACAAAGGACAUCUCUCUCCUCUAAAGAUCUUAACCCCCCAAAAUGUCAUUUACUAGUAGCUCUCCUGCGGCAAAUACAUUUUUAGUGGACUCUUUAAUUGGUGCUUGCCGGUCGGACAGCUUUUACUCCAGCAGCAACAUGUAUAUGCCGUCUACCUCUGAAAUGGGAACUUACGGAAUGCAAACCUGUGGACUCCUGCCGUCUUUCGGCAAAAGAGGGGAGGUCAACCACCAAAAUAUGGGCAUGAAUGUCCACUCGUACAUACCUCAAAUAGAUAACUGGACUGAUCCGAAUAGACCGUGCAGAAUACAGCCGUCAAACUGUACAUUUUCACAGAGCAUAAAGGAGGAAAGUAACUGCUGCAUGUACUCCGAUAAGAGAGUACACAAAGUCAGCUCCACAGAGCUCCCUGCAUAUUCUAACGUUAUUUCCGAAUCGUGUCCGGUCGACGGUCCCGAGAUCCCGGUUCCGGGCUAUUUCAGACUGAGUCAAACUUAUGCGAAUGGGAAACAUCAGGAAAGCUUCUGCCACGAGCCGCCGAGUCCAAACCAAACACUGACGCAGCUCAGCCGGGUCACCCCAAAACCGCAGCCCUCAUCGGCGCCUUCAAAUGUCGCGGAGGUGGAAAAGAAAAGCGAGGACGUCCCACAAACCCACGAGACCUCAAGGACACCGGUCCCGGUAGAAAGCCCGGAUCUCAAGUCCAGCUCCGGGGAGAAAAAGUGCAAUCUGGACGGCUCUGUGUCCAGCCCGGUGCUGCAGCAGAAGGAAGGGAAAGUCUGCGACCCACCGAGAAGCAACUGGUUAACGGCCAAAAGUGGGAGAAAGAAAAGAUGUCCCUACACAAAGCACCAGACCUUGGAGUUGGAAAAGGAGUUUCUCUUCAAUAUGUAUCUGACCCGAGAGCGCCGCCUAGAGAUCAGCAGGGGCGUCAACCUGACCGACAGGCAGGUCAAGAUCUGGUUCCAGAACCGCAGGAUGAAACUGAAGAAAAUGAACAGAGAAAACCGCAUCCGUGAACUCACCUCGAAUCUCACCUUUUCGUGAGCGUGCAUGUGUCCGUGGGUAGCUGUCUUGUAUUUCCUCUCAUAUUCAGUUUGAUGCUUUAGUGGCAGCAGACGUGCGUCUUCAAUUUCAACGAAACUGUGACCAGACAAUUUGUCGAGUAUUUGUUUUGUUUCAUCGCAGGGUACUUUUUGGUCUUAAAUUAUUGGAGAAGUGUAUGUCUUCCCUUUAGCCAGUAGACGUGAAUGUUCUAUUGCGUUGAGUUCUUAUUUUCAGUCAUGGAAGCACAUUUAUUGUCGUUAUAGUGCAACAUUUGUUUUACAGUCAUUGCCAUUUGCUCAACAGUGAAAUGUUUCUAUGGCAGAAAACAAUGUCAAUCUGUGAAUUGUUUGCAUGUGUGUGCAUGUAUAUUGCAAUAAAUUGUCAAAUAAC